GAGAAGGAGCAUGAAUAUAGUGAUGGUGUAUGUAGGCCAGUGAUAGGCCUGCCUGUGCUGUGGCUUAAAAAGUUCAAGGCAUUAUUCUCCUCCUGCUUCUAUUCAGACGGGGUCCCGUUGGCUCAUUGUUAUUCUGCCCGAGCGACAGAGAGAGAGGCAGACACAGAAUGGGAGGCUGACUGUGGUUUCCAACGGCAGGGAGCUGGUUGUACUGGGCGAGGGUUUGUCGGUGGUGUUUCUGGCCGUUUUUUGUUUUUUUGCGGGCGUGAAGGCAUGUCGAUAAUCGGCUCAGUAAUGAGGAGAGGUACUGAACGGCACCAAAUAUCUGACCCCGAUUCCUGGGAGUAAACGACAGGCAGAGAGAGGAGAGGGAGGGGAGAAAGGGGGGGUAGCGAAGGCCAUGUGAAAAAGGGGUGGAGGGGAGUUGAGAUUUAGUGCGCUGCUGGAUGAAACAACCCCCCACUAACUAACGGAGAGGGAAAGUAGCCUAAUAGGAAGAAAAGAGGGGGUGUUGUACUGUUCAUUUAACACUCAAAGACGCGCAGGAAGUCUUUAUCGUUUCCCACAAUGAGAUCUGAAGAGGGGAUUGCUGUCUGCUGUAAAGCUUAGGGCCCCGACCAACAGGAGAAAAAGACAAUACAAACGGAUAUAGUUGCAGGACAUAACUGAGGGAAGGAAAAUGUCUCGAACAGAAGAGGUCAACAAGAUGACAGAAAAUGUCUACAAGGGGAUUCUGGACCAGUUCAACCCCAGUCUGAAGAACUUUGUGACCAUGGGGAAACACUAUGAGAAAGCCCUGACAGGAGUAACUGUGGCUGCCAAAGGGUACUUCGAUGCUUUGGUGAAACUCGGAGAACUGGCGAGCGACAGCCAAGGCUCCAAAGAGCUGGGAGACACACUGUUUCAGAUGGCCGAGGUCCACAGACAGAUUCAGGUGCAGCUGGAAGAUGUGUUGAAGCUGUUUCACUCUGAGCUGCUCGCCCAGUUGGAACAGAAGCUGGAACUGGACAUUAAAUACCUCACAGCCACCCUAAAGAAGUAUCAGAGUGAACGUAGGUCUAAAUCUGAGUCUAUCGAGCGCUGCCAGUCGCAGCUGAAGAAACUCCGCAGGAAGAGCCAGGGCAGUCGUCACCCACACAAAUAUGGAGACAGAGAGAUGCAGUUUGUGGAGUUGAUGAGUCGUCGCCAAGGCGAGCUGGACGCACUGGUUGCCACCGGUUACAAGUCUGCGCUCACCGAGGAAAGGAGACGAUAUUGCUUCCUGGUGGACAGACAGUGUUGUGUUACCAAACUGCUCAUCAACUACCACUCCAAGGUGAGAGAGCUUCUGUCGCAGAAACUGUCAUCUUGGCAGCAGUCAUGUUCUCAGCCCACAAAACUCCCAGAACGCGCUCUGAACCUGCUGCGUCACACUGCACCUCAAAGCUCAGGGGCUGCUGGGAUAACCGAGGUCCUCCGCAAUACUAAGCUGGGCUCUGCUCAUCCGGAACAGAGGCUCUCUGUUCAAGAAGUCCCUCCUCUCUUGAAUGGAGACUCCAGUCGUUCCCAGCAGCAACGCUCACUCCACUCCUCCUUCCAGAGUGAUACCUGUCCCCCUCAAGGCUCCCCCCAGACUUUCUGCUCUGUCUCCACUGGAGGAGCUGCUGGAGGUUCAUCAUGCGGAGCUUCUCCUCAGCAUGCCAGCACACCCCUCAGUACAUCAGCCAGCCCCCUCCCCGACAGCAGUGCCAGCAGCAGUGCCAGCCCUGCUGCGUCCACUCCCACCACUACUGGCAGCUCGGCCCAGCAAAGCUCUCUCCUCCUGGCCACCAACACAUCCAACCUCUCCCCAUGCCUCAUCCCCUCCACGGUGAUGUCGCUCAGCCAGAUCUCCCCAAGCAGCGGCUCCUUGCAGGGCAUGACACUCCCUAUCUCCCACAGUGCUCCUCACAGUCCUCCACUGCCCCACAGUGCUCCUUUAUCCAGGGCCAUGACUCCUGUGCAGUUAGUGCACCAACAGGUGGGAACAGGAGGGAGCAAUACUUCAUCAACAUCGCACAAUGCCUGGCUGCUGAAGACCGCUGAGAUGUGUGCAACAGCAACUCUUCCAUUGCCGAGGAGACCUGUCAGUGAAAUGAGGCUGGGCGGUUUUCAGGGCUCCAGUCUCCCCAGGACGCUGCCUUUAUCUGGACCUACAUGUGUGGAAGCCAUGUUCCCUCACACUCCUGGAGCGUCGGAGGAUGUCGGCAUGGGGAGUGGAGCUUGCUUACUGCACUUCCAGCCUGGUGACAACAUCACCCUGCUCAUCUCUGAGCCCAGAGACGGCUGGCACUACGGCCAGAAUGAACGAACUGGACGGAAAGGCUGGUUCCCUUUCUCCUACACUCAGCCACACCACAGUAAGAUGGAUCACCUCGAGAGCUCCCUCUUCUUAUCUAAGGCUAACAGCACAAGUACGGGCCAGCUCGACAAGCUGGUGUCUCCAGGUUUCCCAGCCCUCACCCCAGAAUCAGAGGAGGAGCGCUCACUUCCUCCCCAGAGGGUCAGCACCUUCCGCCCGCGCCCGUACAGCAUGGCCGACAGCAACAAGAUCACAUCAGAAUUGGUCUCUCAACCACCCUCCCCAAACAGGCUCAACCCAUUUGCCCACGUCCGACUCAGAAGAACUGUCACCAAUGAUCGCUCAGCUCCCAUCAUUGAGUAAAAGUUUUAUUCCCACAGCAGCAGCAAUCCUGUUCUCUUUUGUUUGUCAGUCCACCAGACCUCAGGUUGAAUCCUGGAAACAGCCCGUUGGUUCAUGUUGAUUCGUUUCAAUUUACUUUGGAUGUUCUUUUCUGCAAAUUAAUCAAAUACACAUUGUGUUUUGUGUGCAGGAAUACAACAUUUGUGAAUCAAAAUGUAAAUGGUUCAUGUGUAAAGGCUGAUCUGUUAUAAAUAUGAUUACAGGCCAUUCAGUUUUGAAGUAGUUGAAAAAGUAGAAACAAGACCACAAUAAUAUCUGAGUGAAACAAAGUGGGCAUUAAAGUAAAAUCUAGGCUAGUUUUUAUGAAACAAGCGUAAGGUGUUUGGCUGUACCUAGAUUAGUGUUUCAGAUCAACAUACUGUAUCUUAUGUAAUAACUAAUAUUUUUAGGUUUUGCCUGGCCUAUGAAAGAUGCCUUUUAUUACUCUUACUGUUUCACAGUGCAAUUAUUUCUCAAUGUGUAACCCUUUAAUAUCUACAGUUUUGUUAUUUUUGUGCCAUAUUCAGAAGGGUGUCCUUUGUUAGGCUGAUCUAGGGACUGGCUCCUAAUUGCAGGUUGUGAACUUUCACUUCCACUGUAAUGAAGUGUUACAGAAAGAGGACAGGCUCCUACUCUAAAAGUGCUAUGAUAUUAUACUUCUAGAAAACCUGCAGGAUUGUUGCAUUUCUUGGUUUCAAUGAAAGUGAACUUUUAAAUUUAUUCAAAGUGUCUUCUAUUUUAAAACGUGGUUGUUUAGUUGAGAGAGACUUUGCACAGUGUCAUUUUUACCUUAAAAUUACUGAACAUGGGCAAUGCUGUUGGAGUGUUAAAUCAGUUAUAUCUUUUCUGCCAGUUAACACAACAUAUUCUGCUGCUGUAAAAGUUAUGUAUUGGUGUUUUAUGAAUGUAGAUUUUUGGAUUAGUUUAACUCUACCUGGACUCAAAAUACAUUGUAAAAACAAAUUCUACCUUAAAUUUGAUUAUUCUAAUGGCUGAUCAAUGAGGCUUGUUAGUUUCUCAGUGGAAUACAUAUUUAAUACAGAGCAAGUCCUAGAAAACAAAACAAAAAACAGAAAAGCUUCACAGACACAAACUGUGACAGUUAAUAGUUGAAUAUUUGGAUGGUGUUAUUGACAGAAGUGUUUGUUUGUCUUUUAGAAAGUAGCACACUGUGGAGGGCUGAACGUGUUAAGAAUGAUACAUUUGCAUGCUUAGUCUUUGGAUUUGAUGUCUUCUUGAUUCCUUUUCAGUCCCAAAUCUAAAGCUAGUUAAGAUCUAGGCUCGUUGAUUGUAGUUGUACGUUUACCAAUCAGACUGAGCAGAAUCUUCAAGAGAGAUGUGAAAGCCAAGACAGACGACAGGAUUAAGAAUAAAAAAAGUGGGAGGAUUAAGUUUUAAUAGGGGAAAAGUAUCUAUGAAAGUGAUGGAGAAAGCAGAAGGGAAGUUGACCAAUGUCUGAGCAAGUGUUAAUGGUAAACUAGAGAUAUCCAAAGUAAUAUUCUGUAGCUCUGUAAUCACCUCCAGAAAACUGCAGUUUAAAGGUGAAACUUUCUAUCUGUGCAAACUGAUAUGGUUUAUGUUCCAGUUGUAAUUGAGCGUGAUCUUUUAGCACCUUGAAGAUUGAAAAUAUCGCCUGUAAUGCUUGUAGUAACUCAUUUCUAACAGCAUAUAUAUACUUUGAGUAGUAUGGCUUCAUUAAUAAAGGUGACCGUAAAAUGAUAGAGCUAAUGCAUAUUCAUGCUCGUAAAUAGUGUUUGAAACGUGUGAUUGUGUGACUUUUAUUUGACUUCUUUUUAUGAUGAUAUUUCACUUUGGUAGAACAUUUUGACUUUGUAGAACCUGCAGAUGCAGUGAACCUCCCGUACUGGAAAACCUGCUUAUAUGUCUAUCCUGGUAUUCAAAGUUUUCUCUCUUUUGUGCAUUAAUAAAAAGUGUGCAAACAUUU